AUGGAGAGCGUGGACGCCGCGCUGCGUUAUCUACAGCGACAAUUUGCUAGCGUGGCCAACGAUGAGGCAAGCUGGAAUGAAGAGCGUCAGAAAUUACAGAUGCAUGUACGUGAGCUAGAGGAACAACGUGGGGAACAGGAACAAGCGUAUAAGGACGCCAUGUUGCGCGUUAAAAUGCUCGAGUUUGCAUUGCGACAAGAGCGUGGACGUUAUUUAGCGUCGCCUGCUGCUGUUCAAAGCAAAGGGGGAUCAAGUACAAAGCCUCGUCUUGAGAGUGCCGAGGUCUCGCGUGGUGUGACGGUAUCUCGCUCCAACGAGCGGUCUAAAUCAGCACGGACAGUUGAGCCGCCAUCACCAACGUUGUCGCCUGUAGGUAGCCCAAAGUCCUCUCAUGGUAUUCAUAGAUCAGAUAGCAAAAACAAGAGCGCGUCAAAUACACCCAAAAAUUGCCAGACAAAAGGCAUGGAGAUCUCACGACCUAAGAUGAUGUCCAGGACGGCGUUAGGACGAGACGUAGAGCGGGAAACACAUAGGACUGCAUCAGGAAGAGAAGUGGAACGAAACAUGAGCAAGUCAGCACCAGGAUUCGGACGUGAAGUCGAGAGAGAAUUGAACAGAAUGACGUUUGUAGCAGGACGAGAUGUAGAGCCUGUAAACCGUGUUAUUGAGAAUGCAAAGCCGUCGAAGCCGGUGGUGAUUCCGAUUGCACCUAAAGGAUCUCAUCGGCCACACAAGUUGAAGCUGAAGCUAUCCGGGCACAUGGAUGGAGUACGAGCACUUGCAUUUCAUCUGACGGAACCGCUGUUGGUGUCAGGUAGUGAAGACUGUACGGUGAAGGUGUGGAACCUGACGAGUGUGGCAAAUGGACCGCCAUCGCAGCGAGCAACGGAAGUGGAAUCGAUUGUGACGAUGCGGACUCAUACGCAGAGCGUGCUGGCUAUCGCUGUAUUUAGUGCUGAAAGUUAUCCUGGCUGUUUGCCUGGACGAACAGGUUCAUUUGCAUCGGCCGGACGUGAUGGAAUACUGAAUCUGUACCAGCUACCGGAAACAGAAACUGAUAAGCCCGAACCGUAUACGUACUUGGGUUAUGGGGCCAUGAAGUUGCAUUCGAUUAAGGACGCACAUGACGAUGCAAUCUGGGAUCUGCAUGCGCAUCCGCUGUCAAAUACAUUAUUUUCGGCCGGAACAGACGGUGUUGUUCGAACUUGGGGGAUUACGUCAGAGCUCUCACUGCAGGGUGAAUUGCGGUGCCCCGCUAAGACCAACACGAAUGGAAUUGGUCCAAACAUUUCCGGCUUUUUGGUACCUACGUCAGUGCACUCAAUGCUGACAGAUCCGAAGACUGCUGUUGUUGGAUACACAAAUGGAGCAAUCGCCCAGUUUGACUUUGCUGCUGAACGCAUCAUUCAGCUUACACGGGCCAUUGAUGUUGAUACAAUUGGACGGGGAGGUCAAGUGAACAAGUUGGUUGUGCAUCCGACCAUGCCUAUCGCAAUCGCGGCACACCAAGACAAAAAAAUCCGUAUGUACGACAUGCGAGCCGGCGAGUGUGUCGGUUCUCUUACGGCUCACCAGGACUCGGUUACAUCUCUUUCAGUCGAUGCGGCUGGGCUAUAUCUUGCGUCCGGAGGUCACGACGGUUCAUUACGGGUCUGGUCAGUCGCAGAUCGCCAUUGUGUUUUUGAGCAAUCGGCACACCGGCCAAAGAUGAGCGAAGCAGUGCACUCAGUCGCUUACCACCCAUCGCGCAACUUUAUUGCUACGGGCGGUGCCGACAGUACAAUAAAGAUUUUUCAGUGA